AUGGUGGAGGAGAUGGGCAGCCAUUUUGAGGCUCUGUGGACCAUCACGGUGCUGGCCUCCUGCUGGGGGAAGAAGUUUCUCUCCUUUGUUCUAGAGAGCUUCAAACCCCCCCCUCCUCUCUCGCUCCCUGUCCACAUGUCCGUCAUCCCUCCUUCCUGGAAGCUCCUCCCCCUGCUGCAGCCAGACCUCGGCCCUCUGUUCUCCAACUCCAGCCCCUUCUCCUUCUCCCAGAGCGUCUUCCUGCUGCCCCCCCCCGGCCGGACCCCCCGGCCGGGCCUGCGGGCCUCGUUCGGUCCCUACUCGGCCACACAGGUGGUGCCGGACCCCUCCACCCCCUCCUCGGCCCCCCCGGCUGCCUUCCUGCUGUCGGAGCAUGUGGAGAGAGAGGGGGCCGAAGGGGGGCGGCAGGGCUUCAGGGUCAGGGUCCUGUUCCACAGACCGGGUCCCACCACGUCCUGCGUCACGCUGCACGCCUUCAGGGAGACGGAGGAGCGCCGGGCGUCCUGCGUCCCUCAGCCCCCGCUGGGACUCUGCCUGGCGUCCCUGGCUCUGCCGGCAGCCUGGUUUGAGGACCGGCCCCCCACCCAGCUGCGCCGGGAUUUGGACCAGUGGUACCGCAGCGUCCGCCCGGGCCGCCGGAUGCAGAAAAGGGGACGGCGUCACCGUGGCAACCGAGCAGCUUCUCCCACACGGGACCAUCGGGGUGAGGACGGGGACGCCCCCAUCAAGGCUCCACGGGCCCUCCGGUACCAGAGCCCCCCCAAAAACCAGGUCCAGCUUUACUCCUCCUCCUGGGACUCCGGGGCCGCCCUCAAGCCGGCAGCAGCAGGAUGUGUGCAGGAUGGACCGGCUCAGUCCCAGAACCAGCUCUUCUAUAUCAGAGCCGUGGGUCUGAGGGAGAACCCGCAGAACCAGACCCCCUCUCAGGAACCAGAGGACACCUGUCUGGGUGGGCGGGACGGGGAGGAGCUGGACGUGGACUCCCACGUCGUGGUUCGCUAUCACAAAGGUCCGGUCCUGAUCGGACAGCCUGUCAAAGUGUCUGUGAGUCUCAGAGCCAACUUCUCAGCCCACUUGGUGGUUAUCAGGCUCAGGGUGAAGAAGGGCUCGGUGUCCAUGGUGGCCCAAAGGACCCCGACUGAGCUGUGGGCCGUGACCCUGGAGAGGAGCCAGGGGUCCAAGCAUGACGUGGUGUCCGUCUUCUGCCACAAACGCCGGCCGGCGGCGGCGCUGCACGAUCCCACUCUCCUGCAGCAAGUGGCGUGUUUGUCGAUCGACGGCUUGAGGCGGAGCUUCACCGGCGCCACCACGGUAUCGGCCGAGUGGUGGGCGGAGUACUCCGGGCGGAGGAACCUCCCUCCGCCUCACGGGGCGGCGGUGAGCCGCUUCUCCUUCGCCCGUCGGCACAUCGUCGCCAUCGCUGCCGUCCCAGAGGGCGCCGCCAUCGUCAACACGGCCGUCCUCAACAGCCGGCCCGUGUCCCUGUCCGUCUCCGUGCUGGCCGUGAGCCAGGGGGACGCCGUCCUGGACGUCACCUCCGCGGUCACCUGCCGCUCCGCCAACCAGGACGCCAUCAAGGUGUCCAGCGACUGCUCGUCCGUCUUUGUGGACGGCAGUGAGUCCGGCCCGGGCGAAUCGUGCGCCGUGGUGGAGUUCCAGCUGGGAGCGCUGCGCCGGGUGCUGUGCUUCACGGUGUGGACUCCGUCCGUCCCUCUGAGGCUGUCCCUGUCAGACCCGGUUCUGAACGCCAUCCAGGGCUGGAACGUCUUCACAGAGGACGGGUGUGUGCCAGUGUAUCAGCGCUCCUCCGUGCAGGUUCUGACCCAGUUCAGGGCCCGGGACUCCCACGGCAGAACCACGCACCUGCUGGGCUCGGCCGACUGGUUGGUGGACGUGACGGAGCUGGUCCAGGACUGGCUGCGGGUCCGGGACCCCGGAGUGGCCUUCCUCGGUCCUCACAGCACCCUGGUGGGGCUCCGGCCCGGAAAGACCUCGCUGCACGUGGUCUCUGAGCAGUGGGACGGCUUUCUGGGCAGUUGUGAGCUGACAGUGACCAGCGAGACUGUUGCUCCAGGUGACCUGUCCGUCCAGGUGGUCGGUGGUCUGGGUCUGUCAGUCACAACCAACCCUGCACACCCCUCCGUCGUCACGGCGACAGUAACGGCCUACAACAUCAUGUACAACCACCAGCAGGAGGCGUCCAUCAGCGUCUGGCUGCAGUUCAGCGACGACACCUCGUCCCUGCUGUCCACCUUCGGGGACCUGCCCUUCCUCCUGGACCUGUCCUCAGUGGCUGAGUCGGUGGUCGCCGUGGCGACGGGUCCCGGGCCGCGGAUCCUGGCGCGAGGCGACGGAGGCGGACCUUUAGUGAGGGCGGAGCUUCUGAUCUCCUCUUGCGCCGACCGGCCCGUCGACGGAGACGACGGUGGGCGGAGGGACGCCGAGGGACGGGGCCCCGGGACACUGGCCAGGGGGUCGGGGUGGGUGAGGGUCAACCUGGACCCGGGUCUGCCACAGAGGACGGAUGAAGACAUGGACUUUGACAUGCUGGUCGAGACGGACGGAGACGUCUUCACGUCAACGCGGGACGAAAGAGGCAACCUGAGCUCCUCCGGAGACGCCGGCGGCGGUGGGGGGGCGCCCGGUCCCAACCCUCUGGACCCUCUGGACCGGACUCUCUACUUCUCUCCCAGCCAGGAUGGAGACAGCAGGGGGGAGGAUGAGGGGGCGGGGCAGGGGGCGGGGCCUCACGAGCAGGGGGUGGGCACGGGGACCAUCCUGUCCCUGCUCGGCCUCACUGCCGUCCUCUUCCUGGUCAACUGUCUGCCCUGCGCUCUGCCAGACUGGAAGACCAAGACCAGGACGGAG